AUGGGAGACGCCCCAAACAAAAUCUCGAUCACCAUUUGCGGGGAUGGUGGAUGCGGAAAAUCCUCUAUCACCCUGCGACUGGUCCGCAGUGAAUGGGUCCACGAAUACGAUCCUACCAUAGAGGACUCGUAUUCGGUCACGCGCACCAUUGAUGGCGAACAAUAUUUCUUGUCUAUCACUGAUACUGCGGGUCAGGAAGAGUAUCGAGGUUUAUGGGCGGCAUCCAAUCUAAAGUCCGAUGCGUUCCUCCUCGUUUACGACAUCACCAGCGAGUCCAGUUUGAGCGCGUUAGAUUAUUUCAUGGACAUGAUAGAGAUGGAGACCGAUCAACGAGCGGAGGAUAAUCUGCGAUUAUUAAAUGAACUUGGAAAUAGUGCUCGGGGUUUGGAAGUCGGGAUGGCUGCACCAGUCAGGCUUGUCGCGGGUAACAAAUGUGAUCUCAAGGACAACCGGGUCAUCAGCGCCAAGGAUGGUCUAGAGUAUGCUCGAAAACAUAACAGCGGAUUCAUGGAGACAAGUGCACGGGAAAUGGUGAAUAUUGAAGAAACAUUUGCUCUUUUGGUUCGUCGUGUCGUGGAAGCCCGUCGGGAGCACCAUCAAUAUAACCAGGAGCUAACAAAGCCAACUCGUCAUGUGGGAUUUUCUUUGAAGAAGCCCCCUACUGGCGCAUUAUCGAAGAAGGAUUCGGAGGCAAACCUUUCCAAUCGCGAAAGUAAACGCCAAGGCAUAUUCCACGGCCUGCUAAAGGGGAGCCGGCGCACAAAUAAUGGUCAGGAGAAAGCUGAAAAGAAUCCGGAAAACACAUCAGAGGAGUUGUCGUCAGAUGGCGAAACCCCUAGCCGAUGGAAGCGUAUGUGUUCCUGUUGA